GAUACAGGCACCACUUCAAAAGUUCAAGCUUUGGUAACCACCGUAACCUCAACCAAGUCAACAUCAAACACCAGCAAAUCCACUUCUGGAAUACCACGUCUCCUAACCGACGUGAUUCUAGCCUCUCAUUCAAACAAGCUUUGGGCGUUUCCACUUACCCUUACUCAUUUCUAUUGAAACGAAUUAGAGUAGCAACCCCACAACCAACCUGCUAAUCCGUCAUUCUCUCAUCGUUUCAUUCCACCAGAGCAAGGCGAGCCGAUCUAGAAGCUUAGCCAGUUAGCUUAGCUGUCUGGCCCUGGUCUUCUAUCUCUCAGCCUUGCGUGAGCCUCACAUCGUCCAUACGCACGUUCUCACCGUCAUUAGGACGAGGCUAUCUUCACGAUGGAGCAGACCAAGGCACUAAACGCUCUCGAGCCUUACCUAGCCCUCACCAAAUCGGCCACAUCUCCCCGCGCAGCAGCCGACCUAGUCACCCAAGCGACCUCGAACCCGAACACCUACGUCUUCGCCGAGCUCCUCCAGGCGCCGCAAAUCCAAUCUCUAUCCCAGACCCCCGAAUACGCGCCCUACCUGCAACUCCUCGAGAUCUUCUCCCACGGCACCUACCAGACCUACGCCGCCGCCCAAACCAGCACCCCCUCCCUCCCCGCCCUCAACGACGCGCAGGCCCUAAAGCUGCGGCAGCUCUCCCUCCUAACCCUCGCCCGCAACCCGCGCAACCUGAGCUACGCCAAUCUCCAAACGAGCCUAGGCCUUCCCACCCCCCGCGCGGUCGAAGAGCUCGUCAUCAGCGCGAUCUACGCGGGCCUCGUCGAAGCGCAGCUCGACCCACGCAACCAGACCGUCCACGUGUCCGGCGUCGCGCCCCUGCGCGACCCAGAGCCGAACUCCAUCCCCUCGGCCCUCGCCGCCCUGCGGGCCUUCUCCGCCCGCUGCGAGACCACGCUCCAGGACCUCGAGGCCCAGGUGACCAGCGUGCGCGAAGCAGCGGUCUCGCGCGCGGCCGAGACCCAGGCCGCGGCCCAGACGCAGGCCAAGCUCCUCGACGAGCAGCGCCGCGCCGAACUCAGCGCUAACGCCGCGAGGACCCUAGGCGCUCACGACCGCGACUCGGGCCGGCUCGUCGACGCCGCUAUAGCGCGGCUCCGCGGCGGCGGCGGCGGCGGUGGCCGAGCCGCUGGUGCCGGCGCCGCUGGCCUGCAGAACCGCACUGGUAAGCGGGGAAGCGGUAGCUUGGAAGCCGGCCCAGACUACGUGGACGAGGCGAUGGAUCUAGAUGAGGAGGACCCCGACGAGGGCGAUGUCGGCCAGGGUAAGAAGCAGCGGCAGAGCCGGAGAAAGCUUUAGGGAAACAAGAAAGCUCGCGUCUAGCGCUUUGGGAUUUCUUGGUCGAGAAGAUCGUGUGGUCAUGGAUGGGUUGAGAAAUGAAUGGGCUGGGGUUUUUUUUUUCAUGAAUGCAACGCGUAUGUAUUUCAUUCUCGAGCUUCUGCAAGAUAACAAGGCUCGGGUAAGAAAAAAAAGAGAGCUCAUCGUGUGGGAAGUUUGUGGAAGAUAAGAGGAAGUCUAGAGAAGGGGAGCUAGAGCUAUGGGGCUAAGAUUAACCACCAGCUUACCACUCUAGCUUCGUCGUCAUUGGUGUAAUGGGACGUGGUGGCAGACCUAGACCAUUAGCAUGCAAAGACAUUAAGAUCACAAUAAACGAAACAUUUCUACGAA